AUGCCCUCUUGGCCCAACCAUUCGCAGUGCUUCUCCCAUAACUGCAGCUGGGAGGAGACCCACAACGCCACAAACUUCGGUGACUUUGACUUUCCUCCUCUGAAUUACUACUCAAUCCCUCUCCUCACCGCCAUCACCAUUGCCUGCACGCUGCUUUUUCUGGUCGGUGUUGCUGGGAAUGUCAUGACCAUUCUGGUAGUCAGCAAGUACCGGGACAUGCGCACCACCACCAACCUGUACCUGUGUAGCAUGGCGGUGUCCGACUUGCUCAUCUUCGUCUGCAUGCCACUGGACCUCUACCGCAUGUGGAGGUACAGGCCCUGGCGCUUUGGGGACGCGCUCUGCAAGCUCUUUCAGUUCGUGUCGGAGUCAUGUACGUACUCCACCAUCCUCAGCAUCACCGCUCUGUCAGUGGAACGCUACCUGGCGAUCUGCUUCCCCCUGCGCGCAAAGGCCCUGGUCACCAAAAGGCGGGUGCGCGCCCUCAUACUUCUUCUCUGGACUGUAUCCCUGUUGAGCGCUGGCCCCGUGUUUGUCAUGGUGGGAGUGGAACGGGACAACGUGAGUCCGUUACAGUUAAGUCCUGGGAAGAAUGAGACCGGCUUUUACCUGGAGGACACCCGCGAGUGCAAGAUGACGCACUACGCCGUGGAGUCCGGGCUGAUGGGGGCCAUGGUUUGGCUGAGCUCCGUGUUCUUCUUCAUGCCGGUGUUCUGUCUCACGGUGCUUUACAGCCUCAUAGGCCGCCGGCUGUGGCAGAGACACAGGGAGACCAACAUGAGCUCCCGCGUCGCCCACCGGGAUAAAAGUAACAGACAGACCAUCAAGAUGCUGGUGGUGGUGGUCCUGGCCUUCGUCCUGUGCUGGCUGCCGUUCCACGUCGGUCGGUACCUGCAGUUCCGCUCUCUGGACGCACCGUCCCGGCUGCUCUCCACCUUAUCCGAGUACUGCAGCUUGGUUUCUGUGGUUCUCUUCUACCUGAGUGCCGCCAUCAACCCCAUCCUCUACAACACCAUGUCCUGGAAAUACCGAGGUGCGGCGGCGCGCCUCUUCGGCCUGACUGACACCCAGCCACCGCGCUGCCGCACAGCCAGCACCCUGAAGGGAGACAGUUCCAACGGGUGGACAGAGUCAACAGUUAGCUUCUGAUCCUCACAUCCGACUGUCACUGUGUCCGGAUAUAACCUGUAAAAACCACAAGAACACAG